CUGGGUGUAGUCACAUGACUAGUAGUCCUCGGAGUUGUAGAAGUUCUCGUUAGUCUUGGUGUGUCCUGAAGAGAAGACAUGGCGUAUCCCGGGCUGCUCGUCCCUAUCAUCGUCAUGACUGUGUUCUGGGGCAUUGUGGGCGCCGUGCUGCCGUGGUUUGUCCCUAAAGGACCGAACCGAGGGGUCAUUAAUACAAUGCUGGUGACAUGUGCCGUGUGCUGCUAUUUGUUCUGGCUCAUUGCAAUACUGGCCCAGUUAAAUCCGUUAUUUGGACCUCAGCUUAGUUCUGAAGUUGUCUAUUACCUGAAGAACCAUUGGCCUUAAACCAGUCACCUUAUCAAG